UAAUCUUUUAGGAUCCUCUUAAAAAUCCUUUCCAGAAAAUCAGAUUAGAAAAUCAUGCUUUUCAUUCCUGCAAGUUAAAACUAAUUGAUUUUCCUUUGUAGUUUCUGGUGUAGUUUCUAUCAUGUGGACUAAUCUUUUAGGUUUCUUCUUGCCUAAUCAAUGUCUAAAACAUGAAAUGUAAAUUGAAGUUGUGUUGAGUAUACACAUGCAUACCCUCACACACACAGGAAAUUUGGUGCAUAAUUAAAGGUUCUCUUUCUCCGCACAUACACAAUACUAGAUGAUAUUCACGCAGACUUAAUAAAAUGCACACACACAAAAGACAUUAGUAAUGGAAAUAGUAAGACAUCCGAACUGCAAUAUUUUGACUGGGGAACACUUAGGACUCAAACCAUCAAAUGUAAGCUCCAGUUUUGUGUUGAACACACACACACACACAUACAAAGGAAAUUUGGCAUACAACUAGAAGUCUCUCUUCCUCAACACACACAGACACACACAGACACACACAAAUGACAUGAAUAUGAAAAAGGUAAAGGAGAAUUGAUUUCUUAGGCUUAUAAAAAGCCUUUAAUCCCUUUCUGAGAGAGACACAACAAACACUAUUAUCAUCUCAAGUACUUAAAGAACAGAGAGAAUUAAGAGAGUGAAUAGGAGAUGGCAGAUAAGGGAAAAGCAGAUACGGCAGGCAGCGGAGAGAGCAGCAACGGGAUAUUCCCGUUCAAGCCCAAGAAGGGAAGUGUGCUUCCUAAAGAGAAGAAGCAUGUUUCUACUAUGAUGGGCGAGAAGAUUGGUCAGUCAAUUGUUUCCCUUUUCAAGAACAGCAAAAAGAAAACUAAACCUGGUGAUAACCAUGAUUGAUACUGCUGAUACAUCGUAUUAUAUUAUAUUCUAGAUAAAAUAUUCAUUUGUAUUGUUGCUUCUUUGAUGUUUUUGGUAUGCUUUGCGUAGAAUGUAACCACCUUCAGGUUGUUACUAGUCUAUAAAAGAUACUCUUAACUGGAUUGGUCAAUUGUUUGAGUGACCUUGUAUUCCUUGUUGUAACUAAUUUAUAAAUUUAACGACAAAGUUAAAACCAUUUAAUAUGGCAACAGUUUAGUUUUGAGGUUCAAAUAAUAGCAUUUUCAUCCCUACUCAUGAACAUAGCCGUUAAUUCCUCCUUUUUGCAUCUAAGACAAAACUUCAAACAAUUAUCGAGAUAUUAUUCUAUAUUUUCUUCGCAACAAAACCUCAUUUCUCAAUUACAAGCAUGCAAUAAAAUCUCCGAAAUCACUCAAUUUCAUGCCUUAAUGAUCAAAACUGGCAAAGACCAAAUCCCUUUCGCGCUAAGCAAACUCCUCGCUUGUUCAAUCCAGUAUACACAGUAUACAUCUUCAAUAUUCAAAUGUAUACAAAACCCGAAUCUGUAUAUGUAUAAUACCAUGCUUCGUAGUUAUUCAAUUAGUAAUGACCCAACAAAGGGUAUUGUGUUUUUCAAUUACAUGAGAGGACAACAAAAUGUGAUUCUUGAUCAGUUUUCUUUUGUUUCUGUGCUUAGAUCUUGUAUACGUUUAUCGGAGAGUCGGACCGGGUUAGCUGUUCAUUCAGUUGUUUUGAGAUAUGGGUUUGAUUUGUUUCGUGAUUUGAGGAAUACCCUUUUGAAUUUUUACUGUGUUUGUGUGGGAAUGAGUUGCGCACGCCAAGUGUUCGAUGAAUUUCCUAAGAGGGAUUUGGUUUCUUGGAACACUUUGAUGGGUGGUCAUCUUUGUGCACGUAAUUGUUUUGGUGUUUUGGAUAUGUUUGUAGAAUUGCGUAGGGAUGGAAUUUGUGCUACUGUUACGACUAUGUUGUCUGUUUUGUCUGCAAUUGGUGAGUUAAAGGUUGUGUUGGUAGGGGAAUCCAUGCAUUGUUAUUGUAUAAAGAUUGGAUUUUGUUAUAGUUUGAAGGUGUUAACUGCCUUGAUAUCUAUGUAUGGGAAGAUUGGCUACAUUAGUUUGGGUCGUACUUUAUUUGAUGAAGCUUAUCCGAAAGAUGUUGUCUUGUGGAACUGUUUGAUAGAUGGAUAUGCUAAAAAUGGACUGUUAGAAGAGGCAUUGUUCCUGUUGAGGGAAAUGAAGGUUCAAAGUUUGAAGCCAAAUUCGUCGACCUUGGCAGGUUUGCUUUCAUUUUGUGCUUCCUCCGGAGCUCUUAAUAUGGGUGAAUAUAUUCAGGACUUCGUAGAAGACCAGAAAUCAGCUUUGGAUCCUGUUCAUGGCACGGUAUUGAUAGAUAUGUAUGCUAAGUGUGGGUUGCUUGUGAAGGCAGUUAAUGUUUUUGACAAUAUGGAGACUAAAGAUGUGAAGUGUUGGACAGCAAUGAUAAUGGGUUACGGGGUACACGGAAAGGCAAAGGAUGCUAUUGCACUCUUCCACAGAAUGGAGGAUGAAGGUUUUAGGCCUAAUGAAGUGACUUUCUUGGCAGUGUUUAGUGCUUGUAGCCAUGGGGGACUGGUGGCAGAGGGCAUCAGCUAUUUUAGAAGAAUGGUCCUGGAAUAUGGCUUGACUCCUAAAAUUGAACAUUAUGGAUGUUUGAUUGAUAUCUUAGGCCGUGCUGGAUUGCUUGAAACAGCACGAGAACUAAUAAAAGGUUUGCCGAUUGAGGGGGAUGCUAGUGCAUGGCGUACGUUACUAGCAGCAUGCAGAGUCCAUGGUAGUGUUGAGUUGGGAGAACAAGUCAAGAAAGAACUAGAACAGAGAUUUGGCGAACACCCUGCUGAUUCACUACUUCUGAACGGUACUUAUGCCAUCGCUGGGAUAUUGCCCGAGGAGGGAGACACGCUAGAGGUGAAGGAAGGUAUAUUAGGAAAAGAAGAGGGAUCUUCUCUCAGUGGGAGGAAGGAAGCUGGAUGCAGCUCAAUUGAAUUACACUAGUAAAUAAAUAAACUUGGGAUAUUCAUGGAUUGUUUGCAUAAGAGGAUAAUUGAGUGAAACUUCUGAUAGAACCAAGGGGUCCAUGGGUGUAAUAAGAGAUUGUCAUCUUAGAAAUAUUUUGUAGGAUUGUUUUAGUUCACCGGGCUAUCCUUUUUUAUUUGUUACCAUUUACAAAACUGACUAUCUGGACCUCCUUUCAACAGAGGGAGAGAGUUGAACAGUUGCUUGAAUCAAGUACAAGUCAAACCAGCAUCUGUGACAAUUUGAAAAAGGUUUAUCCAAGAUGGUAACCUUGAGAAAUUUGCAGUGAGAACAUUGUCACUUGCUUUGCCUCAAUGAGAGUGUUUUGUUAUGCUAGGUCCCAAUGGUGCUGGCAAAACUACUUUUAUUAACAUGAUGAUUGGGCUCAUAAAACCAAUCUCUGGGACUGCAUAUGCUCAGGGUAUGGAUAUACAAACAAACAUGGAUAUGAUAUACAGCAACAUGGGUGUGUCCGCAGCAUGACUUACUUUGGGAAAAGUUAUCAGGAAGGGAGCAUAUACUUUUCUAUGGAAUGCUUAAAAAUCUUAAAGGAGCAGUCUUGACACAAGCGGUUGACGAAUCUCUUGAGAGUGUCAACUUGUUUCAAGGAGGUGUUGCUGACAAGCAAUCUGGGAAAUACAGUGGAGAAAUGAAGAGGAGGCUAAGUGUUGCCUUCUCACUGAUUGGAGAUCCCAAGCAGGGGCGGAGCUACAUGUGUUUCAGUCCCUUCGACGGAAAAUUAUACUAUUUUUACAUGGUUGUAUAUAUUAUUUAUUCAUAUAUAGUAGAGGUUGAACCCCUUCGACUGGUUCGUAUAAUUACUUCUGAACCUCCUCAAUUAAAAUCCUGGCUCCGCCACUGAUUCCCAAGAUAUGUUAGUCCUACCAUACAUCCUCGUGGAAAGAUCAGAUGUUCAAAGGUGUAUUGACAUUCUUGUGGUUUAUGAAAUUUUCCAGGUUGUUUACA